UGCAACUGUCAUUGUGAUUUGUGAUAGCAAAAUAUUAUGACACGCCAUCAAUUUCUUUAUAAACUAUUUUAUAUUUUCGAAAAAGUGCACUGUCAUGUGAUGGUGUUAUUUUCAACUCCUGGAUUCCUGAUAUUCGAGAUGUCUGUGGUGAGACCUGCGUUGAUUGAAAUCUACAAACCCGGUAUCGCCAAACAAUGCCUUCACAUUUUCCUUUGCAUGUUCUGUUUCAUUAACGUUACUGGAAAUAUGAUGAUGAGCAUUUACAAUGAUGGGAAUUUGAAAAACAAGAGACUUAAACCCACGGAAGGUGGUGAUUACUGCAAAUUGUGUGAGACAUAUCGACCGCCUAAAGCCUGGCACUGUAGAAGGUGUAACGUCUGCAUUUUAAGAAGGGAUCACCAUUGCUUCUUCUUCUCUAGAUGUAUCGGAUUGUACAACAGGCGAUACUAUCUUUUAUAUCUCGCAUAUAUGCAUAUUACAAUGAUCUAUUCCUCAUACUAUAAUUAUUACUUUGUUUCAUCGAAGUUUAAAGACCACGGAUUCUUUCUUGCAGUGUUACGUAUCUUGAAUCCUGUCUUAAGAUUCUUUAUUCCUGAACCAAUGGCUACCAAGGAUUUGUAUGUGUUGUUAUUUCUAUUCAAUGUUGGUCUUAUUGCCUGGUCAGCUGUCUUAUUUCGAUUUCAUAUGAGGAAUACGAUACGAGGAGUCACCGCCCACGAGCAUAGAGAUCCUGCUAAGAAUAAUUGGAGAGACAAUUUGAUUAGUGUGUUUGGAAGGAGAUGGUACUUUGCAAUAGUUUGGCCUUUUGUUGAUAGUCCUGUUGAUGUCGAAACAAAUAAGGAAUACUAGUGUUACAUUAUUUAAAAUAGCAACAGUAAAUUGCAUUGCUGUAGGAAAAAUAAAAAUGUAAGUGUU